CGCGGAAGCUGCACCUAGCGGGCAUCGGCCAUGGCUGAGUGGACGCCUGCCCAGGCGUGGGAAUGGGAGGUGGAGCCUCAACACCUGGCACCCUUCCAGCCUCCUGCCCUCUUCGACCAAUCAGCUGAGCGAGAGAUCUACCCAGCGGCCGAGAUCUCCCUCUGGACGGUGGUGGCUGCCCUCCAAGCGGUGGAGAGGAAGGCGGACACCUCGGCCACUCGCCUGCUCAACCUCGAAAGCCGUACGGCCACGGCCGAGAAGAAGAUCUUCGAGUGCGAGAAAACGGAACUCGAACUCGGCAGCCACCUGGCGGCAUUGGGCACCCUGAUCCAGGAGUACCGGGCGCUCCAACGGCGCCUGGAGAACGUGGAGAACCUCCUGAAGAACCGCAAUUUCUGGAUUCUCAGGCUCCCCCUCGGCCCGAAAGGGGAGAUCCCCAAGGUCCCCGUGACGUUCGACGAGGAGCAAGCGGUGAAUUUCUCCACGCCCGAAUGGGCCAAACUGGAGGACUGGCAGAAGGACCUUUACCGGAACAUCACGAGAGGAAGCUACGAGCCGCUGGUCUCUCUUGACUCUGCCAUCGCCAAGGCUGAUGUCCUUGCCCCCCAGGUGGGUCCGGGGUCAGUGCCCCACGUUGUGGAUCAGCCCUCGGCGGGGGGAAAGGGACUCCCCCCGACACCCAAACUAGCAGAACCGUUGACUUCCAAAGACGACCUCUUGUCCUGGAUUAAGCAGGAGGAACCUCCCGGCCCCAGGAAGUGGAAUCUGGAGAGAGAGUUCCCUGCCACUCUCGGUUACGACGAGAGCGCCAGAGUCAAAAGCGAGGAAGAGAAGCUCCAAGCAAGUUUGAAACAAGCCUUGCCUGCCCGGCUCCCUGGAGCACUCAGUGACGAGGUCUUCCAGGCCCCCAGGUGCUGCCAGAGGCAAAGCUGCCCUCAGGGCCAACCUCCUCCCCCUCCCCAAAAGCCACCAGAGGAGCCACCCCACCCCAGUGAGAGAACCUGCCCCCAACCCGAGGCCCCUCCGCCAGCAGCCUGCUUGAAGGAAGGCCAGCUGAGAUGCUUCAAGGGUCUGGAUGAGCUUUCCUUGCCUCCAAGGAUCCCCGUGGGAGAGGAAGUGUACGGGGGAGGGGUCAGGCCAGGGACCGAGCCCAGUGCCCCCCAGGUCCCGGAGCCCUACCUGUGCCCGGAGAAUAACAACAGCUUCGGCGACGUGGCCGCCUCCGAAACAGCCGGCCGGCCGCACGCCUGCUCCCUCUGCCCAAAGAGUUUCCGGCUCAAGACCAGCCUGCUGAUCCACCAGAAGACCCAUGCCAUGGGGAAGAGCGACAGCCCCUUUGUGUGCCCCGAGUGUGGCUGCGGUUUCAGCCACCAGGCUCAGCUGACUCGGCACCAGGCCAUCCACGCUGACCGGCCGCACCAGUGCUCGGAGUGCCACAAAGCCUUCAAACGCAAGUCCAGCCUGGUGGUUCACCAGAAGACGCACCGUGAGCGGCCGCGCCCCUUCCAGUGUCCCCAGUGCAACAAGACCUUCAUCAGGAAACAGCACCUGGACGACCACACCCGCACCCACACGGGGGAAAAGCCCUACCAGUGUCCCGAGUGCGAGAAGCGCUUCGCAGAGAAAUCCAAGCUCACCAACCACUACCGGAUCCACACUGGGGAGCGGCCCUACCGCUGCGGGCAGUGCGACAAGCGCUUCGUACGCGCCCACCACCUGGUCAAGCACCAAAGCAGCGUCCAUCAAGCCGGGGCUAAGCUGUACUCCUGUCGCGAGUGUGGGCAGAGUUUCAGCCAUUCCCAGGCCUUCCUCAGCCACCAGGCCAGCCACGCCAACGGCGAGAGGCGCCACCGCUGCACCGAGUGCCUCAAGACCUUCGCCCGCCGGAAGUACCUGCUGGAACAUCAGCGCAUGCAUACGGGGGAGAACCCGUACGCCUGCCCGCACUGCGGCAAGCACUUCCGAUACAAGCAGUCCCUAAAGCAGCAUCUGCGCAUGCACCGGGAGCAGCUGCCCCCACCGCCUGGGCCCGCUGUGCCAGCCAGCCUGCCAGUCACCCACCCGCUAGAGAGAAACUCUCUCUUUGAGGCCAACCCUCCCAUCGGGACCUGAAGCUGGACCCCAAGUGGUCUUUUGUGCCAAAUGAACCGCUGGGCUAGAAUUGGCCCGCUGGUGGGCCAGCUGAGAUCCUCACCACCUUCCGUGGGGCAGCCCCAGCGCUUCUUCCCUCCCCAUGGAGAGGCCUCCUCCUUGCUUGCCUGAUCCAGGACCGUGGGGGCCCUGUGGAAUGAGCCCAGCUCCCAGCAUUCGAAACACGCCAGCUGUCCUGAACCAUUUCUUCGAUGGAGAGACGGCUGUCGAAAGACGCUCCUUGUGCUGCAUUGCACUGCGAGUCCUGGCUGAACCGGGUUGGGGGGGGAAGAAUCACGCCCAAAAUGUGGUGUCCACUUACCCUCUUGGCUCCAUUACCUGGUCUAGCACCGAAGGCCGGCCUGAUGGAGCCAAAAGGA